UAGUUGGCGAGCCUGUUUUGGACUAUCGUGCCGCCAUUUUCCGUUGCAAUUAGCUACAGUUCACUACAGUUCUACGCUUUACAUUCCGGAGAUUGCAUUAAGAAUACGAGACAUGUCUUCUGCAAGCGGUGAUGAAGCCGAGCUCACGCUGGCUGAACCAGUGAGACGGAGGUCGGGUCGAGUUCGGAAAACGACAGUAGUAGCUAAAAAAUCACCAGUGAAGAAACUUCUUGCUAGGGCGACGCGCUCUCCCAGAAAAAUUCACGAGAUCGAAGAGCCUGAGGAAGAAGUACCUACUUUGGAAGAAGGCAUAAUGGAAAAUAUGCCUGAGAAUGGAGUUCAACGGUUAUCAGACAUUAUUAUUGAACAACGCAGUGAGGAAGAUACGCCUAUGUUGCACUUGGAAUUGGAGGAUUCUGAAGACACUAAUAUACAUGAGAUAAGCAUGAGUCAAAGCGAAGAGAUAGAGCAAGAUGUAGAAGACAUGGGCCACUCUAACAUAAGAUCAGAAGACAUAAUUAUAGAGGAUAGUAGCAUGGACAAAGUGGAAAUGCUGACCGAAGACAUUGAGAUGGAGGGUCAAGACAUCGGUAAUAAUGAUUUAAAUCAGCAACAUGUACUGUUUGAUUUUCAAAAAGUUAUUAAUGAAGUUAAAGAAGCCAUUAACGGCAAUACAAUGACGAUCCUAGAGACAGAAGAGGUAGAUUCGGAGAUAUCCACGGAUACUGCUACCAGAAUUCAAGUUAUGGAAGUUGAAGAUUCAAAACAAGAAAUAUCGGAAGAUGUAGACACAGUUAUAAGCAAGGUAGAACCUGAUAUGGAAAUAUCGCAAAGUGAUUCUCUCCCACGUAUAGAGAUAACCGAAGCCGUUGAGGACGAUGCCGAUGAUGAUGCGAAGAAAACGGAACCUGAUAUGGAAGCAGUGUCAGAAGAUGAGUUACCGAAUGAAGCCACUACAAAGGAGCCUGAGACUGAAGCAGUUUCUGACGAAGAACUGCCAGUCGCUGCCCCAGCAGACUUGGGUGAAACUGAGUCUGUAUCCGAAGACGAAUUACCACCGGACAGUGACAAAAAGAAAAAGGGGGCGAAAUUGAACAAAACGCCUGAAAAGAAAACCAAAACAGAAGCUGGAACCAAACGUAAAUUGAACGCAGAAGGAGAAUAUGAUCCCAGUUCUCCAACAUCUGAGAACAAUGAUGAGGCACCUGCAAAGAAGGUCGCUUUAUCGAAUGAAGCAGAUACGGGAGAUAAGCAAGAGACCAAGCCAGCAUCGCCGAAAAAGAAAACACUACCUGAAUUAGAAAAGUAUUGGAAAGCCGUCAACGAAGAUCCGUCUGACUUUACAGGAUGGACAUAUCUUUUACAAUAUGUUGAUCAAGAAAAUGAUGCAGAGGCUGCACGCGAAGCUUAUACCAAAUUCUUGGAGCGUUAUCCGUAUUGCUAUGGUUAUUGGAGAAAAUUCGCCGAUUACGAGAAGAAGAAGGGCAACCCCGAAAAUGUCCAAACGGUGUUCGAUCAAGGUCUGAAAGCUAUUUCGCUAAGUGUCGACCUAUGGCUCCAUUACAUCAACCACUGUAAAACCGUCUACGAAAAGGAUGAAGAAAAGCUCCGGGAGCAGUAUGAAAGAGCUAUACAAGCUUGUGGACUUGAAUUCAGAUCAGAUCGUCUCUGGGAGAGCUAUAUAAAGUGGGAAUUGGAGGGAAAACGUUUGAGCAGAGUAACAGCGUUGUAUGAUCGCUUAUUAUCGACGCCUACCCUUGGCUACAUUUCCCACUUCGAGGCAUUCCAGGAAUUCGUAUCGUCCAAUUUACCGAAUCGCAUCCUAAGUGUUGAUGAUUUCCUCGCGCUGCGUGCUGAAGUGAAAGCCCUCCUCAAGUCGGACGAUACCACCGCAACAUCCGCUGCCGAUGAUGCGCCACCCGGCGAGGAACCGCCGCCCCAUGAAGUACCGCCUACCGAUGAAGAGACACGUGCCAUCCGUGAGAAGAUCAUCAGCAGCAGACGCAAAAUGCACAAGGCGAACGUCAAUGCGGUGGCAGCGAGGUGGUCCUAUGAGGAAGGGAUAAAGAGACCCUAUUUCCAUGUAAAACCAUUAGAACGGUGCCAGUUGAAAAACUGGAAGGAAUAUCUCGAUUUUGAAAUUGAACAAAAGGAUCAAAAUCGAAUAAUUAUCUUAUUCGAAAGAUGUCUUAUAGCUUGUGCACUUUAUGAUGAGUUUUGGAUGCGAUUUGUACGCUACUUGGAAUCAUUGAAGGGUGAUAACACAGAAAAAAUCCGAGACGUAUAUUCGAGAGCUUGUAUGGUGCAUCAUCCCAAGAAACCGAAUUUGCAUUUGCAAUGGGCGAUCUUCGAAGAGGGUCAGGAUAACUUCGAGAAAGCCGCCGCUAUAUUAGAAAAUAUUGAUAAUGCAUUACCAAAUAUGUUACAAGUGGCAUACCGACGAAUAAACUUGGAACGUCGUCGUGGAGACUUGGAGAAAGCAUGUACAUUAUACGAGAAUUACAUUAGCAAUAGCAAGAACCGAACAAUUGCUAACAAUAUCGUCGUGAAAUACGCGCGGUUCCUAUGUAAAGUUAAGAAUGAUGUUGAUAAGGCGAUCAAAGUAUUAAUGAAGGCCACGGAUAAAGACAAAGAUAAUCCUAGAUUAUAUCUGCAGUUAAUAGACUUGGCAAUGCAGCGAACGCCAGUCGACACCCUAGAAAUAGUAGGUUACAUGGACAUGUUUAUAGAAAGAGAACAUGCGGAUCUCGAACAGAGAGUACUUUUCGCACAACGUAAAGUAGAAUUCCUAGAGGAUUUUAGUCCCGACAUUCGGCAAGUGUUGAAAGCUCACGAACAAUUCCAGAAAUGCAUCAAACAAGCGAAAGAAAGGAAGAAGACGAAGGGCGAGGACAAUAAAACCGAUUCUUCGCCUCCGAAGAAAGUGAAAACUGACCAGUCAAAUGUGCCACCUCCUCCGUCCGUGGGUUCACAGUCUUCAUACCAGUACAGUAGUGGUCCGAGUGGGCCCUAUCAGUCGCCACAACAAUUUCAAGGUGGACAGUACAGUGGUCAGGGUGGCUAUCAACAAGGUUACCAGCAGUACCCACCUCCAUCGGAUCCCAAUUAUGCCAAUUAUCAAAACUGGCAGUAUGGUCAAGGCGGACCGCAAGCUUAUGGACCUUACAAUCAAUGGGGAUCUUACAAUUAUUAUUAAUAUGGAUCAUAUAAUCGCCCUUAAGGCUUCUAAAACUCAUUGUUAACUAUAUGUGUCUGUACAUUCUUUAGUAUUUUAUUUUUGCGAUAUUUAGAAAUCAUCCGACAGAGAAACUAUUAACUACAUUUAAGAAUACCUCGGUAUCUUGACAUGAGAACUUGUAUAUCAGUCUCUUUCUGUAUCAAUAUUUGACGUCUUGCAUGAAUAUCAUCAUGUAUAUCAAAUAAACUGUACAUCUGUUAGCAGAAUUUUACUCCUGGUGUGUUACUUUAUCUUUCUACUUUAUUUCACAUCAAGAAAAAUUAAUUACCGAGAUUUAAUAAUUGUUUUAAUACAAUUUUUACCCAAUUUGAAUUAUGUACUAAGAACUAGAAUACUUUAUAUUAAAAGAAAACCAAAAUUUAAUAAAAUAUGUCUCAAAAAUAAAAAAAUUAAAUUUUGAUUGGAAAAACAAAUAAGAGUAGAACUGCUGCUGGCAUGUACAGAUUUUAGGAUAUAUAUAUGUGUUCACUUUAAAGCAUUACAAUUUCACAGUGCUGGCUGCUGAAUGUGAAGAUGAGUUUAAUGGAUUAUACAUAUAUAUGUCUACGACUUAAUAAAUUAUAAUCCUGUCA